GGCUGCUGCCGGCGCCGCGUCCCGCCCGCGCCGGACGGAGCCCUCGCUCGGCCGCCGCUACCUGGGCCGCCUCCGGCCGCGUCCGCGCCCGGAGGGAGGGGCAGCGGGCCUCUCCGCCCGGGAGCUUCGGGGGUUGCGGCGGCUCAGCGGCAGGCGCGCGUCCGGCCGGCGCCUGGCCCGCUUUGCUGGGGAAGACUCGAACUGGCGGCCGGAAAAUUUAUGAAGACGUGAUUUUCAAAGUUAAUGAUGAAACCAUUUGUUGUUGGAAUCAGUGGUGUGACAAAUGGUGGAAAGACAACACUGGCUAAGAAUUUGCAGAAACGCCUCCCAAACUGCAGUAUCAUAUCUCAGGAUGAUUUCUUUAAGCCGGAGUCUGAGAUAGAGACAGACGCCAAUGGUUUUCUGCAGUAUGACGUGCUUGAAGCGCUCAACAUGGAAACAAUGAUGUCCACCAUUUCCUGCUGGAUGGGAAGGCCAAGACACUCAAUGGUAUCAACAGACUCUGGAAGUGCCGAGGAGAUGCCCAUAUUAAUCAUUGAAGGCUUCCUUCUCUUUAAUUAUAAGCCCCUCGACACACUAUGGAACAGAAGCUACUUUCUGACCAUUCCAUAUGAAGAAUGUAAGAGGAGAAGGAGUACGCGAGUCUACGAGCCUCCAGACACCCCAGGGUACUUUGAUGGCCACGUGUGGCCCAUGUAUCUAAAGCACAGACAAGAAGUGGAGAAGAUCACGUGGGAGAUUGUUUACCUGGAUGGAACAAAAUCUGAAGAGGACCUCUUUAAAGAAGUGUAUGAAGAUCUAAUACAAGAACUAGGAAAGCAAAAGGGUUUGCACGUGACAACAUGAAGAUGAAGUGCACUGAUACCCUUCCUGGGAUGAAUACGGAAACUUGAAGGACUAUAUUUAAGAACCUGAACCAAGAUACAAUAUGUACUUUGGUAUGAUGA